CGCCCCGCCCCUCCAAACGGCAACUCCACGUCCAAAGGCAGCAGCUUCCAAGGUGGAAGCUGGGUCCCACUGCCAGGAAGCGGCCGGUGCGCGGGCGGCAGUGGACUCGGCCUCCACGUGCGCGCCUGCUCCACUGCCCCGCCCUCUUCCCGGUGGCCGGGAUCGGGGACUCCCUGCCCGCGGACGGCGCCCCUCGUCCCGCGGUGGCCGUGGCUGGGACGUCCGCGCGCGGCCGCUCGCCGCGGGAUCACGCUCCAGGUCUCUCUCCUUUUGUUUUCUACGGGGGGGAGGAGGGCAGCUCCGAGAGGUCCGGCCGGCCGAGGUCCAGCACCUCGGCACCACCUCUAUUACCCGGGCCCGCCUGGCCAUGCGGGAGAUCUCGGGCUGGACCCCCUCUCACGCGCACACGCCCCCCAAGUCGGAAGCUCGAACGUGGGGAGUGACUGCGGGCAGGCAGAGUGAGAGACGGACGCAGAAAGGGGGUGUGGGGGGAGAUGGCUGCGGCCUUGGGCCCCCAGGAGUGGCCAGGAAGGGACCCACGGCGGCUCUCGAAGGGGCCGUUGGACCCCCAGCCUUCCUCUUCUGGGGGACCUCUCACUUCCCUUCCUGGGACGGGAAGCAACGCCGAGUGGCUGCCUGGGGCGUUUUUCUUGGGGCGCAAGGGGCGCCUUUCUGCAUAUCCUUACUGUAGGAGGGGUACGAGAAGAAAAUCAGGCAGUAGAGGGGCGUCCCUGCGGGACCCUCGGCGCCCGCCUUCAGGACCCGGGCCUGGCUUCCCGUCUUGGCCCCCGGGCCAGCGCCCGUUGGCGGCCGGGCGCGAAGGACGCGAGCUCACGUCGCGCGCCUUCCCUCUCUCUGCAGCUCUCGGGGCCCGACGUGCCAGGAGCCGCGAGCCCAUGGAGGGUCUGGGCCGCUCGUGCCUGUGGCUGCGCCGGGAGCUGUCGCCCCCGCGGCCACGGCUGCUGCUCCUGGACUGCCGCAGCCGCGAGUUGUACGAGUCGGCGCGCAUCGGCGGGGCGCUGAGCGUGGCCCUGCCCGCGCUGCUGCUGCGCCGCCUGCGGCGGGGGAGCCUGUCGGUGCGCGCGCUCCUGCCUGGGCCGCCGCUGCAGCCGCCCCCGCCCGCCCCGGUGCUCCUGUACGACCAGGGCGGGGGCCGGCACCGGCGCGGGGAGGCCGAGGCCGAGGCCGAGGAGUGGGAGGCCGAGUCGGUGCUGGGCACCCUGCUCCAGAAGCUGCGGGAGGAAGGCUACCUGGCCUACUACCUACAGGGUGGCUUCAGCAGAUUCCAGGCCGAGUGCCCUCACCUAUGUGAGACCAGCCUUGACAGCCGUGGGGGCCCAAGCACAGCUCCGGUGCCCAGCCCAGUGGUGGGGCUCGGUGGCCUGUGCCUGGGCUCCGACUGCUCCGACGCGGAAUCCGAGCCUGACCGAGACUCCAUGAGCUGUGGCCUGGAUUCGGAGGGUGCCACGCCCCCCCCAGCGGGGCUGCUGCCAUCCUUCCCGGUCCAGAUCCUGCCCAACCUCUACCUGGGCAGUGCGCGGGAUUCGGCCAACGUGGAGAGCUUGGCCAAGCUGGGCAUCCGCUACAUCCUCAAUGUCACCCCAAACCUGCCUAACCUCUUCGAGAAGAACGGCGACUUUCACUACAAGCAGAUCCCCAUCUCGGACCACUGGAGCCAGAACUUGUCCCAGUUCUUUCCGGAGGCCAUCGCAUUCAUUGACGAGGCCUUGUCCCAGAACUGCGGGGUGCUCGUUCACUGCCUGGCCGGCGUCAGCCGCUCCGUCACCGUCACCGUGGCCUACCUCAUGCAGAAGCGCCACCUCUCGCUCAACGACGCCUACGACCUGGUCAAGCGGAAGAAGUCCAACAUCUCGCCCAACUUCAACUUCAUGGGGCAGCUGCUGGACUUCGAGCGCAGCCUGCGUCUGGAGGAGCGGCGCGCCCGGGAUGGGGGCAGCGGGGGGCAGGAGUCGGCCGCCUCCGACCCGCCCUCCUUCUUCACCACGCCGACCAGCGAUGGCGUCUUUGAGCUGGACGCCACAUAGGGCCCCGGGCCGUCCCCCAGCGGGUGCGCCCAGCCCAGCCACCCGCGUGCUGGGGAAGAGGAGGGAGGGGGCUCGGCCUGGGGGGGCGGGGAGAGCACAAUACCUCAUGUGGAGCUGUGGGACGAGGCAGGAGCCGGGAGCCCCUCCAGGGUGGCGGUGGGGACAGGCCUGUCCUACCCACUUGAAACAUCCACAGGAAUCCUAUUAAACGUGCCUAUGGGCCGGGCCUGGGGCCGCCAGCCUGACCCGCGCUGCUUGUGGG